AUGUUUAUGAAUCUUCUCUCUCAAGUCUCCAAUGCGAUUUUUCCUCAGGUCGAAGCCGCUCAAAAAAUGUCCAACCGCGCCGUCGCUGUUCUUCGAGGAGACGUUGUCUCUGGCACUAUUUGGAUUACUCAGAAUUCGGAGAGUGACCCAGCUGUGAUCGAGGGAGAAAUCAAAGGACUCACUCCCGGACUUCACGGUUUCCACGUUCACCAGUACGGAGAUUCCACCAACGGAUGUCUCUCUGCUGGACCUCAUUUCAACCCAUUCGGCAAGACCCACGGCGGACCAAACUCUGAAACCCGCCAUGUCGGAGAUCUCGGAAACGUCGAGGCAGGAGCGGAUGGUGUUGCCAAAGUUCAUAUCACUGAUAAACUCAUCACUCUUUACGGAGCCAACACAGUUAUUGGACGCUCGAUGGUGGUCCACGCUGGACAAGAUGAUCUCGGCCAAGGAGUUGGUGAUAAGGCUGAAGAGUCGGCGAAAACUGGAAAUGCUGGUGCCCGUGCUGCAUGCGGUGUCAUCGCUCUCGCCGCCCCGCAGUGA